CACACCUUCCGUUCAUUUCCCAAAGUCCUUUGCAUUCAGACAGACGCAAAACGGUCGCGAUUAGCAGCAACAGAAGCAGUGUACUGAGACACGGAGUAAGCCAAGCAACAAUUAUGCUGGGACAAGCUGUGAGGCGAUUCGCUACAUCUGCUGUUCGUUCUUCACACUAUGCUGAAGGACCAGGGAAGAACCUACCCUUCUCUGUGGACAACAAGUGGCGUCUGCUGGGCAUGAUGGUCCUGUUCUUCGGCAGCGGCUUUACAUUCCCCUUCAUCGUUGUCAGGCAUCAGCUCCUGAAAAAGUGAAAUGGCCCAAUGUUGUUACUCUGCCUCCGAGGUUGUCAGCUGGAACACAUUUAUCCAUCUGCGUUCAAUCUGUGCAGAAGAAUGGGAUUCACCUAUUUUUGUUUGUAAAUAAAGUUACCUUAAAUAUGAA